AUGUUCGACCCCUCGGGACCCCCGGCCGCCGGCUACAGCGAGCACUGCUGCCUGCACGCCCCGCACGGAGCAGCCCCCGCACCCCCGGGACCACCAGGGCUGGAUUUCCCCGUGUGCCACCAGCCCGGGCACCGCGGGUAUGGGCUGGCACCGGGAGCUGAACACGCCGGGGAUGGCUCCCGGUUCUCCACGCCCCGAGGCGCAGGGAAGCUGGGCAAGAAGCGAGCCCUGUCCAUCUCCCCCCUGUCCGACUCCAGCAUCGACCUGCAGACCGUGAUCCGCACCUCGCCCAACUCCCUGGUGGCUUUCAUCAACUCCCGCUGCGCCUCCUCCGGCGGCUCCUACGGUCACCUGUCCAUCAGCACCAUCAGCCCAUCCCUGGGGUACCAGAGCCCACCUGGGCAGCAGAAGGGCCAAGGGCACCUGUACACGACACCCCCAGCCUGCAGCUCCCACGAGGUGCCCGCACGUGGGGGGCUGCUGCAGCACCCACCUGCUCGAGGGGCACUGAAACACUGCCAGCAGCUGAAGCUGGAGUGGAGCCUGAGCAGCCCCCUGAGCACCAAAUUCCCAGAGGAGCGAUCUGAGGGUGACAUCUCCAGCCCAGCAUCCACGGGCACCCAGGACCCCUUGCUGGGCAUGCUGGAUGUCCGGGAGGAGCUGGAGAAGGAGGAUGGCAAAGCCGAGUGUGAGGCUGUGUAUGAGACCAACUGCUACUGGGACGGCUGUGCCAAGGAGUUCGACACGCAGGAGCAGCUGGUGCACCACAUCAACAACGAGCACAUCCACGGCGAGAAGAAGGAGUUCGUGUGCCACUGGGCGGCGUGCUCGCGGGAGCAGAGGCCCUUCAAGGCUCAGUACAUGCUGGUGGUGCACAUGAGGCGCCACACGGGAGAGAAACCUCACAAGUGCACGUUUGAGGGCUGCAACAAGGCCUAUUCCCGCCUGGAGAACCUCAAGACCCACCUGCGCUCGCACACGGGGGAGAAACCCUACGUGUGUGAGCACGAGGGGUGCAACAAAGCCUUCUCCAACGCCUCCGACCGCGCCAAGCACCAGAACCGCACCCACUCCAACGAGAAGCCCUACGUGUGCAAGAUUCCCGGCUGCACCAAGCGCUACACCGACCCCAGCUCCCUGCGCAAACACGUCAAGACCGUGCACGGCCCCGACGCCCACGUCACCAAAAAGCACCGGGGGGACGUGGGGCCGGGCCGGGCACUGCCCACCCCCGGUGCCCCCCCAGACAUGAAGCAGGAGAAGGAGGCAAACGGCCCCAGCGAGGCUCGGAAGGACGAUGGGAAACUCCUGGUGCCCGAGCUGGCCUUGAAGCCCCAGCCCAGCCCAGGCGGGCAAUCCUCGUGCAGCAGCGACCACUCACCCCUGGGCAGCACCACCAACAACGACAGCGGCGUGGAGAUGGCCGGGAACGCCGGCGGCAGCUACGAGGACCUGUCCACGCUGGAGGACGUGGUGCCCGGGGAGCCCAUGGGCACCUCGGGGCUCAUGGCCCUGCACAAACUGGAGAACCUUCGCAUCGACAAGCUGAAGCAGCUGAGGAAACCGGCGGCUUCCAAGGGGCUGAGCCUGCCCCCCAUCCCUGGAGCCGGCCUGCCCGGGGAGGUGCCACCGCCGGCCUCCCACCGCCGCAUCGCCGAGCUGUCGGCGGCCGAGCUGGGCCUGGCGGCGCCGGGCGAGCGCCGCAGCAGCGGCACCAGCACCGUCAGCUCGGCCUACACCGUCAGCCGCCGCUCCUCGCUGGUGUCCCCGUACCUGUGCCCGGGCGGUGACGCCGCGGCCAUGCCCGUGCCCGCUGACGGUUACGGUGCCGCCUCUCCGGAUGAGCCGCGGCGCUCCGGUGAUGCCGGGGGGCUGCCGGGGGUGGGCGACCUCACCCCGGCGCAGCGUUACCGCCUCAAGGCCAAGUACGCGGCGGCCACGGGCGGCCCCCCGCCCACCCCGCUGCCCAGCGUGGAGCAGGUGGCACCGGGUGGGCACGUUGGCACGCACGGGGGUUACCCCGCGCACGCCGGGCCUCGCUGCAUCACCAACGGCUUGGUGAGGAGGAACAGCUCCAAUGAGAACCCCGGCUACCCAGGCAGCGUGCCCGCUCAGCUGGUGCCCCGACACGGCGUGCGACGGGCGAGCGACCCUGCCCGGACGGUGGCCAAGCCUCCGGCCGUGCCCAGGGUGCAGAGGUUUAAGAGUGUGGGCAAUGUGAGCGUGCCAGGCGCGGGCAGGACGGUGCUGCAGCCCCUGGGUGGGUCCGAGGCCAACCUGCAGAGCCACGGCUUCUCCCCACGCCCCCCCAGCAUCACUGAGAACGUCUUCAUGGAGAGCAUGGGGGGCCCUGGCCCCGAAUCCGGCCUGCUGGACAUGGAGCAGUACCUGGGUUAUCCUGAGGAAAGCUUCCCGUGCCAGGGCACCAGCGUGGAGCUCCAGGGUGGCAUCUACGGCGCUCACCGGACCAUGGUGGGGACACAUGGGGACAUGGAGGAGGGGCUGCUGCAGCAGCCUGAGUUCUCCCUCCCGCCGUGCCAGAUGAACCAGCGCUUCCCCAGUUUGCCUGCUGGGAAUGGGGCUGUGCCAGAGCCCUGGGAUGGACCCACCCAGGGCACGCUGGGCAUGAGCUCCAGGCAAGGUGUGGGUGCUCCCACCAUGUCUGGGCCACACUGUCCCCAUCAAAACAUCGAGUACCCCCACCCCGGCGCCUGUGGGCAGCAUCCCAAACUGGUGAGCUCAUGCCAGGACCAAGAAUUUUCGGGGGGGCAUCGUUUUAACCGGCUCCAGAUCAAAUCCGAACAGCGAUACCCAGCACCGAGCCCGGCACUGGCUCCCUGCCCCAGCACCAAGCUGGCCGGGCCCUCAGCCUCCCCUGCUGCCUUUGGGCGCAGCAUGGACGUGGGGCACGGUGGGUACCCCCCUGUGGGACCCACACAAGGUGGGUACAUGGGCAUGGCCAGCCCUGGUGCCCGCCGAGCCCAGACCCCCACCCUGCAGAGCAAAGAGGUGAUGGUCCGGAACUACGUGGAGGCGCAGCAGGCGCUGAUGUGGGGGGAGCAGCCGCCCCCCUGCAAGGGCAGCGUGGGGCUGGGCAGCGAGCCCGGGCAGUGCCAGGCCGUGCCAGCCCCGCCGCCUUACCUCAGCCCCAGGUACUGCAGCUACCAACCCAAAGGGGAUCACCUGCAGAGCCUGGCGGAGCCCCAGCACCUCCUGAGCCCGCCCUGCUUCAACCCCGAGAUGAUCCCACACCCUCCAGCUGGCCCCAAACCCCCGGCUCACCAACCUGCCCUGAGCUACCCGAACAGCCUGGCACAGCCUGGGCAUGCCUACGACGGGGUGGACGCCGGUGCCCGGCGCCUGCCACGCUUGCCCCCGGCCCGCCCCGUGCCCGAGGGAGCCGGGACCCUCCCCCUGUACUACCCAGGGCAGGGGGGCAAAGGAGGGCACAAGCUGCUGGGGCAGGGGGCAGCGAGCUGCGGGCACUACGGCCCCGAGGGGCUCAAGGGCACCUCCUGUUACUACCUGGACUCUGGGGAGCAGGUGGCCAACAGCCUGGACUCGCUGGACCUGGAGAACACGCACCUUGACUUUGCUGCCAUCGUGGAGGACGUGGAGACCCCCCCGGCGCUGCCCGGACCCCCCAGCCCGGCCGGGGGGCUCCUGGUGCCCUCGCAUGGGGGUGCCAACAUGGCAGUGGGGGACAUGAGCUCCAUGCUGAGCACGCUGGCAGGGGAGAGCCACUUCCUCAACUCGCUGUCCUAA